AUGCUCGUCAAACCCCUCCUCGGGCUUCUCCUUGCCAGCUCGGCUACGGCCAAGCUGACCGGCUGGCCUACGCCUGCCAACGCCCAGACGGGUGACUCGACGGUCUGUCUCAGUGACGACUUCUGCAUCGUCGCCCCUCACGGUGCCCCGCAGGACCUCGUCGAGGCCGCCGAGCGCGCGACCGAGCGCCUUAAGAAGCUCAAGCACCGCUACCUCUCGCCUACUCGUGGCUCCGAGUUCUUCCCCGACGGCCGCGGGUGCGACUCGACCAUCGACAAGCUGCAGCUCAAGCUUCACGGGCACACGACUUCGAUCGAGGAGCUUUCGCACCGCAAGGCUGAGGAACGCAGCGAGCUCGAGGCGUACAAGCUCUCGCUUAAGGGUAAGCAUGGCACGGCGUCGUCGUCGAGCUCGCUCGGUCUCCUCCGCGCCAUCUCGACCUUCGAGACACUCUUCUACCGCCACGACAACAAGGUGUACGCUCCCUUCGCGCCGUACGAUAUCGACGACAAGCCUCUCUUCCCCUGGCGCGCCGUGCUGCUCGACACGAGCCGCAACUUCUUCAGCGUCGACACGCUCAAGCGCACCCUCGACGCAAUGCAGCAGACCAAGCUGUCCGUGUUCCAGUGGCACAUCACCGACGCCCAGGCCUGGCCUCUCUCCGUUGCUGGAUUUGAGGACAUUGCCCAGAAGGGCGCCUACGACCCUUGGGCGGUUUACACCGAGGACGACGUCCGCGAGGUCGUCAGCUACGGCGCCAAGCGCGGCAUCGACGUGCUCCUUGAGAUCGACACCCCCGGCCACACCAGCAUCAUCGCGCACGCCCGUCCCGAGCUCAUCGCCUGCUUUGAGGGCAAGGGCUGGAACGCUCCCGGCAGCGACCCUCCCGCCGGCCUCGCGAACGAGCCUCCCGCCGGCCAGCUCCGUUUUGGCGACCCUAACGUCAUCAAGUUCACGCAGGGCCUGUUUGAGGCCGCGAGCGGCCUGUCCGCCUCGCCCUACUUCGGCUCGGGCGGCGACGAGCUCAACGAGAACUGCAUGCUGAACGACGGCCCGACGCAGGAAGUCAUGAAGGCCAAGAACGCGACGCUGAACGAGCUUCUGAAGGAGUUCACAGUGCAGACUCACAAGACGCUGCGCGACAAGGGCAAGACGCCCGUCGUGUGGGAGGAGAUGGCGCUCGCGCACGGCGACCAGGGUCUCGGCGACGACACGCUCGUCACAGUCUGGAUCGACGCGAACAAUGUCAAGGCCGUCGUCGACAAGGGCUUCAAGCUCAUCCACGCCGCGAACGAGUUCUUCUACCUCGACUGCGGACAGGGCGGCUGGAUCCCCGCCACGCCCGAGACGCCCGGCGCCGCCGGCGUCGGCAACAGCUGGUGUGACCCGUUCAAGACGUGGAUGAAGAUCCUCUCCUUCGACCCGUUCAACGGCACGACGCCCGAGCAGCACUCCCAGGUCAUGGGCGGGCAGGCGAGCCUGUGGUGCGAGCAGACGGACGAGACCAACGUCGACUCGCAGCUGUGGCCCCGUGCCGCCGCCGUCGCCGAGGUCUUCUGGAACGGCGGCAGCAAGCUCGCCCCCGACUAUGUCCACGCCAUGAACGACAUCAGGUACCGCAUGGUCGAGCAGGGUAUUGAUGCUAGGCCCCUGCAGCCUGAGUGGUGCGCACUCCGCCCUGACAAGUGCAACCUUGACAGCUAG